UUUUUUUUUAUCUCUCUACCCCACAGCUACAUCAUUCGCUCCGACGAUGACUCAGUAUCCGAGUAUGCGAUAGCCUGGCCGGUGCUGUGCGGUGUAGUGGGUGUUUGGUUACUCACGCUGGGCAUACUUCUAAAGCGCGUUUCAUUUAUCGGCAAAUUUUUUCGUUGCAUUUGCGUCAUCAUGUUCGCCAUUUCCUUGGCAAUAUUCGUACAUCUCAUCAUCUACAUUAAACUCGACUGGGACACUUUCGUGGGCUAUUUUAAACCAGCACUGCAAAGCAGCUUUAGCGGCGUUCUGGGUGGUUUACGCACAGCGAUUUUCAUGUCAACCUGGUUGCUGGGACCCGGUUGGGGUAACGUGCUCACGCUCGCCAGCCACAACCGCUUUCAACGCGACUCUGAGAAGCUGACCUACUGGGUGAGCGGAACACACAUGCUGUUGGCGUUCAUGGGUAUGAUUUGUGGGCGGAUCGCUUUCGAUCACUUCGAAGAUCACGUUGGCUUCCUGCACUUCCACUUCGAUGAGGAGCAUUAUAUGCAAUUUCUUUAUCUUUGUUUUGCAUACCUCUUUGGCAGUUUUACAAGUUUGCCAAAUUUCUGGUGUUUUCUAUUCUUCGCCAUGAUUUUUCUCGCCGAACUAAGUGCAAUUAUAAUUCAAAUGAUGUCCGUUCUAACCGCUUUAUUUGAUGAGUACGAACAAUUGCGAACAAAGAAAUCACGCAUUACAAUCGCUCUGGCGCUGUUGAUGCUGACUGUAUCAAUUUAUUUUUGUACCAAGAAGGGCUUCGCACACCUGGAUCUACUGCCCAACAUUGUCAUUCUAUCGCACUUGAUUAUCUCAUUCGUUUUACUACUGAUGACCACUUGGAUUUACGGACGUGAACGCUUUCAAUGCGAUCUGCAAUUUAUGUUGGGCAAAACGAUUUCGAGUUUUAAAAUAUUUUUAAUACGAUUUCUAACGCCAGCAUUUUUUAUGCUAAGCAUUAUUCAGACACUUUACUUUCUGGAGCGGGACAACUCACCAACUGCACUUGUCAUUGUCAGUCAAUGUGUGAUCUAUGCCAUAGCACCUGCCUAUAUGAUUUAUAAAAUUUGCCAAACUACUGGCACAUUGCGUAAUAGACUGAAACAAUGCUUUGCACCGCACGACUGGCAUCCUGUCGAUGCUGAUAAUCGACGAUUUUACGAAGAGAUUAUGGGCGUAUCGGAAUUGCUGGUAAUGGAGGGCGGCGAAGAGCACUAUGCUGUGAAUGCUUAAAAAUUGUACAUGCAAGCAUAAAUACGUUUAUAGUAUGUUUUAUUAUCAAUAGGUGUGGUAACCCUGCUGUAGUAUUAGACUGGUUUAGAACUAGUGCUAAAGUAAUGCAAAAAAAAAUUGUUCCCAAUUUACUGCAGGGAAACUACAUUUAUGUGAAAUAAAACAACGAUCAUACAUUUGUGUAUAUGUAUGUCUGUAUUUGCUUGUAUGCAAUUGCUUAGAUGUGAAUUAUAGUAAUAAUAUAUGUAUGUUAAUUACGAAUAUACAAAAUACAUAUGUAUGUCUGUAUGUAGUUUUUUUUUGGUUUAAGUGCGAAUAUAGAAUUUAUAGUAAUGUGCGUAGUUUUUUAAGCUGCCUUUUUUAUAAGAGAUUAUGAGUCAAUUUAUAUACAUACAUACACGAUUAUAUUGUAUUGAAGUGAUAUACCAGCUAA